ACCUGAUUUAAAUGGAGCCCCUAAAUCAGAGAAGACUGCAUUUUAUUUAUACAAAGCAGAGAAUCGUUUCUUGCAUCAGAACUCUUCAUAUGAAAAGUGAAGAAUGGAACCGUUAGUAUUGGUUUUGUGUCUUUUAAGCACUGCCAUGGCCUAUCCGAUGCAUCCUCAAGCUCCCGGAACACAGGGCUUGGCAAGCAUAAGCCUUGAGACUAUGAGGCAACAACAGGCUGCUAAUACAUUGACAGCACCAUUCAGUCAGAUUUCAAGGUUUGGAUAUAAUGAUCCUUAUUCUGUACUAUGGCUACAUGGCCUCCUUCCACCCCAUUCCUCUUAUCCAUGGCUGCACCAAAGACCACAGCUGUCAGACAACCAGCAGUUUGAAUAUGCUUUGCCUAUCCAUCCUCCUCCAUUACCUGGAGCACAGUCUCCAGCCCAGACAGAGAAACCCGGCCAGCAUGCUCAGAAUAUGCCCCAACAGCCACAAGCAGCAGCUUCAACUGAUCAGGUCUCUCAUCAGCCGUCAUUACCUCUUGGUUUUCCAAUUCUACAGCAAGCAGAUCCAGCAAUGAUGCCACCUAAAGGGGGACCUGCAGAUGGUCAAAUCCAAACGGUAGCAUUGUAUAUGUACCAAACAAUAAUGAAUAAACUACUGCAACAAGGAGCAGGAGAGACAAUCCCAGAUCCAGCCGGCACUCUCCCAGUGAAUCAACAGCAUCCAUAUCCUGGACUAUUCUUUAUGCAGUAUGGUGGAGGACCUGGUGGACCUCCUGCAAGGCUUGGUGCAAUGAGUUCAGAAGAAAUAACAGGGGGGCGUACUGGUGCUGCUCAUGCUUUCAGUUCCCUAUACCCAGGGCUUUUAGGUAUGGGUCCACGACUUGAAAGUCACCCCCAGAACCCAGCUUUACAAGGAGACUUUACAAUAGAAGAUGACUCUCCAGUAGCAGGACAAAAACCAACUGGUCAAGAAGUAUCUCAAGGCCCUAUUGAAAGUCCACAAGGAGUUGGUUCAAGCAUAAUGAUACCAGGCUUAGAGGGUAGUCCAACUGGCCAGGGUGAAACUGUACCAUUCCCUAACAUCAAUUCACCUAAUAUGGGUUUCAAUCCACAAAGUAAAAUCCCACCAGGUGUCACUCCAGCAAAUGCUCCGAGGUUGACCCAUGAUACUGGUGCUGGAUAUGUUCCAUUUGCACUUGAUGACACCAUGCCUUUUGGUAUUCAAAGAGAAAAUGUCAUAAGUGGAGACAUUACUCGUGCAAAUAAUGCUAAGGGUAUUGAGUCACCCAUAAUGCAACACGAAGUUCAUCUACAGAAUCAUAAUAAUUACUUUCAGGAACCAUGAAUAUCCAUAGGCAAAACACCCCUUCACUUACAUUUUUUUCAAUGAGAAAUAUACACUACAAACUGUU